AACAAUCAUUGACAGGGAUUGAGUUUCGACCAUUUUUGAUAAAAAUUGACAGAUAUAAUAUAUAUGUUACUGCUUUAGGAUGUCCAGAUGAAAUUAGCAAUUUUGGAGCUGGGAUUGGGUAUUCAGCAACAUUUGUUGGUGAAUAUUUAGGUAAAGGGGCAACAUAUGCUCAAAGAAUUGGAUGCCAUAUUGAAAUUUUUCAAGACAAUGAAUUAAAAAAGGAGUAUUUAGGAACAUCCCCAAAUGAUGUUUGGAUCAAGUCAAAAAAUUCAAGGAACUCAAUUUUUUGGACUGGAACAUUUAUUAACAAAGAAAAUUUUGGCAGAGUUCAAAAUCCCAAAAUGUGA